UGGUAGUUUCGAAAGCAUGGCCACCGCAUUAAGACUGAGACUCGCAAUUAAAUUCGGAAAAACUCUUUCAAGGCCGUUGAGUCGGCACUUGGAGAGGAAGAUUUUGGAGAAACAAUGUUUCCAAUUUCCUGCUAUAACAGGGAGAUCAGUGCGAUGCUUAUCAUCCCAAGCAGCAACACAGACAACAGAAAACCACAAUAUCAUAAAAGAUACAGAGAAAGUUACAGGCGAAGGUGAUAAACAUGAAUUUCAAUCAGAAACACAAAUGCUAUUGCAAAUUGUUGCAAAGUCCCUGUAUUCAGAGAAAGAGGUAUUUCUUCGUGAAUUGAUCUCCAAUGCAAGUGAUGCUCUGGAAAAACUACGGUAUAUGAGGUUAACAGAUAACCAGGCAGCAGAAGUUCUCGGUGAUAGAAGCUUGGAAAUUCACAUUGGUACUGAUAAACAAAACAGAAUUCUUACAAUUCAGGAUACAGGGAUUGGUAUGACUAGAGAAGAAUUGGUAUCCAACUUGGGAACAAUAGCUCGAUCAGGAUCUAGGGCAUUCUUAGAAAAAUUGAAAGAGAAGCAAGAUGCUGGUGAUGCAUCUCAAAUUAUUGGACAAUUUGGUGUUGGUUUCUACAGCACUUUUAUGGUUGCUGAUAAAGUAGAAGUAUUUACUAAAUCAUAUGCAGAAGAUGCUGAAGGUCUCUGCUGGAUGUCUGAUGGUUCAAGCACUUUUAAAAUCUCAAAAGCUGAGGGAGUUCAACCAGGCACAAAAAUUGUUAUACAUUUGAAAGUUGACUGCCGAGAAUUUAGCGAUGAUACCACGGUUGAUCGUCUUAUCACCAAGUACAGCAACUUUAUUGGUAGCCCUAUAUAUUUAAAUGGUAAAAGAGUUAAUACCAUACAGCCAUUAUGGACGCUCGAUCCGAAAGAUAUUACGCAGAUGCAACAUCAAGAAUUCUAUAGGUUUAUCGCAAACUGUUUAGAUAGCCCGCGAUUCGUACUGCAUUAUACGACCGAUGCUCCACUUAAUAUUAGAGCAUUAUUAUAUAUUCCGGAAGAAAAACCCCCACUAUACGAUUUCGUCAAAAACGAUACAAGCGGCAUUGCUUUAUACAGCCGUAAAAUUUUAAUCAAGAACAAGGCAGAAAAUAUUUUACCGAAAUGGAUGCGUUUCAUUAAAGGCGUUGUGGACUCCGAAGACAUUCCUCUUAACUUGAGUCGAGAAUUAUUACAGAACAGCACUUUGAUUGGAAAAUUAAGAAGUGUUUUGACAACGCGUGUCUUAAAAUUCUUGCACGAAAAAUCUCAGAAACAAUUUGAAGAGUAUUAUAAAUUUUAUAAGGAUCAUAGCAUUUUCUUGAAAGAAGGCAUCAUAAGUACCGAAGACCAAAAAGAUAAGGAAGAAAUAGCGAAACUCUUGCGUUUUGAGUCAUCAGCUAGUGCUCCGGAUGAGGUAAUUAGUCUCGAAGAUUAUACUAAACGGAUGCCUUCAGAUCAGAAAAAGAUAUAUUACCUUGUAGCGCCAAGCCGGUCCUUGGCUGAACAAUCGCCAUAUUAUGAAUCCUUGAAAAAACGUAAUACCGAAGUAUUAUUUUGUUACGAACCGCAUGAUGAUGUAAUUUUCUUGCACUUGAGACAAUAUAAAUCUCAUCAAUUAAUUUCUAUUGAAGAAGAGAUUCGUGAAGCAGAUUCAAGUAAAUCUGACAGUCCUAGUAUUAUUAAUCAAGGUGAAAUUGAUAACCUCAUAUCCUAUAUGAAACAAGUCUUAUCAGGAAAAGCACAUGACAUUAAAAUAACUAAUCGGCUGGAAUCACAUCCGUGUGUAAUUACGGUUCAAAAUUUAGCGAGCGCAAGACAUUUCACUCGUAUACAACUCCGUCAGAUGAAAGAUGACGCGUUAUAUACCAUGCUUAGACCAUCUUUUGAAAUAAAUCCGAAUCAUCCUAUUAUUAAAAAACUUUGUGGUUUAACAAGUACGAACUCUACGUUAGCCGACCUUCUCAUAAAACAGUUGUUCACUAAUAGCAUGGUUGAAGCUGGUUUAAUUGAUAAUCCACGAGUAGUUGUGUCUACCAUGAACGAAUUAUUAACUGAAGCAUUACAAAAAUAUUAAUUUUUAUUUUAACGCGUUCCAGUAAAGUUCAUUUCAAUGCUGUACAUACAUAUUUUUCAAAUAAUAUAGGUUCUUAAUUGUAAAGCAUUUUUUAUUCAUAAAAAUUAUUUUGUAGAAAAGAAUUGAUGUUACCAGAAACGAAAUAAACAAUAUUAUAUUUA